CUCAGCUUACUAGGAGAAGAGAAUUCAGAAGAGACUGGGAGAAGAACAAGUAAGGCACAAAGCAACAUAACUAAGAAGAAAGGCUGCGUAGUCCAGAUUCCGAGAGAAGAAAAUCAAGGAAAUAUACAGAUUCAGCGGAAAGAAGAUUCCUGGGCUUCAUUCCUUAAUAAACCUUUACUGCUGCACAGUCCUUUCUUCAGUACUCUUUCUGGGCAGCACUGUGACGACCAUUCCACUGCGAGACUACAGACCACUCUGCUAGAUGCCUUGACUUUGGAACUUCUGAGGACAAGACAGCAAAGCACAAGCUAUUGUUUUAACCCGUUGCCACCAUAUCAGCACCGGGAAGCAUGCCUGAAGUGUGCGAGUCAAAACAGAUAUGCUAGUGAAGUGAAUGAAGAAAAUGUAGAAAGGCCAAAGAUCAUAACCAGUGAUGAAAGCAUCCAGACAGAUCCAGAAGAUGAUGAAAAAAGUCAGGGCUCAGUGAUACUGAUACAUUGUGCUGCUUCUAACACAGAGAGGGUUGUAGCUGUUGAAGCCAGAAUGGUCAGUGCACCUUCUAUUGUCCUUCCUGGGGAAGCUUUCACUGCAGAUCAAGAGCCUAAUGCACUUUCACAGAGCAGACCCCACAGCCCAAGACAUCGGCAUCGGAGUUCUUUUUCUUCAGCGAGCUCCCUCACCACAGUUGACAGCACAGGUCAUGUGAUUGACCUGGUAAAAGACCAGCUGCCAGAUGUUAAGCUCUCAGACAAUGACACAAAGAAGAAUCUGGAGCUGCUUGAGGAAGCAAAGAAGGUCAGUGAGCGAUUCUUCAUGCGGAGGGGUCGAAGGUCAACCUGCAGCCUAUCAGAUUCUCCAACAGGUGUCUCUCCCAGCCUCACUCCAAGGUCCUCUCCAGUGCCUUCACGAAGCAGCUCCCUCACUCAGCCCCCCCAGAUUGCCUCAGAUGGAACUGCAGUUAAUUCUGCAGGGUCCUCACCCACGCCUCAGCAUCUGGGUGUUCCCAGUGCUAGAGGACAGACAGACAGUAUAGAACUGGAUACUGAGAGCUCCAGAAAGGGACUGGUGGAUCGACAAGUCAACGAGGAACAGAAGAUUUCUCAAGGAUUGCUUUCACCUCGGCCCGGCUCCCACGGAAACUCCAAAGAAGCGUUGUCAGAACAAAAAAAGAACUGCGAUCCCCGACUCAACCCUCCAAACACUGAGAGCAGGAAGCUUUGCUUCGGACUUGUUACAAACACUGGAGAGGAGUCUGCCAGGGUACAGAGAUCUGUGGAAUACAGUGACUGUCCCUUGGGGAAAGCACAGCCGCAGAAAUCUGUUGCCGGCCCUCUAAACCCCGGACAGAAGGCCCCGACUAAAGCCCACAAGGACCCCAAGGGCCCCUGUACAGCAGAACUCAAAUCCUUUAGCUCAGGCCUGCCUGUCAUGAGAGCUGUGUCUUGGGAUGGCAUGGAGCAGGCAAGCUUGAGAAACGGAGCCCAGGAUUUGCCCACCAUGACUGACGAGAGUUUGUAUGACAAACCUGGUAGUCCACUGCUAAAAUCUACAGGAUACAAAGACUUCCCUGUGCAGCCAGUCAAAACGCAGAAACUAGUCAAGCUAAGAGAGGAAAAUAAGUUAUUGCGAAACCAAACCAUGGCUGGACUAAAGUUGCCGGAUCUCAGUGAAACAGCUGAACAAGAAAGAGGCACCUCUCCUCUACCUUCCCUUCCUCCGCCUAUAGAAGAGGAAGCCAAAGAAAAACCUGAUGUCAUGCCGAACAUUUCUGAUGUCAUGCUUCGCAAACUCAAAGUCCUCAGAUCCCUACCUGGCUGUGCACCUCCCCUCACUGAAAAAGAAGUUGAGAAUGCUUUUGUCCAGCUCUCCCUGGCCUUUCGAAACGACAGCUACACUCUAGAAACAAGACUGCGCCAAGCAGAGAGAGAGAGAGCCCAGACUGAGGACAACACUGACAAGGAGCUGGAAGAUUUCAAAGGAGUCAUUAAGGGAUCAAUCCUGCAAUGGCAGAACUGUGAGCAACGGGAAUCAUAUCAGAGGCUGUUGGAGACGAUAGCAGUGUUCCAUCGUCUAGCAUCCCGGCUGUCCAGUCGAGCGGAAAUGGUUGGAGCUGUACGGCAGGAAAAACGGAUGUCAAAAGCUACUGAAGUGAUGAUGCAGUAUGUGGAAAAUUUAAAGAGAACAUAUGAAAAGGAUCACGCAGAACUUAUUGAGUACAAAAAGCUGGCAAACCAGAAUUCAAGUCGUUACGGAGCAAAUGACAGUGGAGAAGAUGGUGUGCCCCGUUCGUCCAGAUCUAUGUCUUUGACCCUAGGAAAGGCCUUGCCACGCAGAAGGGUCAGCGUUGCUGUGGUCCCGAAAUUCAACUUGCUGAAUAUCCCUAACCAGUCCCCCGGGGCCCCGACCAACGCAUCAUUACCUCCAUUGUGUGAGGUGAACAGUGGGAGAAACAGUGCACCUAUAACUGAGAAUGGAAAAGAAAGUCGGGAUCAGGAAAAUGUUCCUGCCCCUGCCCUGCCUCCAAGCAACCAGGAUGAAAUCAGGUCGGAGAUAAAAGCCAAGAUUGAGGAAGAUGCCUACAAUAAAGGGUAUCAAGAAGGGUUAAAGAGAAGUAAAGAACUACAGGAAGUGAAGGAAGAGGAGGAGAAAUUAGAUAAAAGUAAAAAAGAAGCUGAAGAAAAAGAAAAGGAAAAGGAAAAAGAAUUGGAAAUGGAAACACAAAUGGAAAAGGAAAUAGAAGAUAAAAAGAGCAGCAAAUUUGAAGAAGCUCUGGAUUAUAUUGACAGACUGUGUCCGAAGGUUUUCAGACAGCAUCGCUUGGUCUGGAUUAUUGCAGCUGUUGUGAUGAUCCUGGCUUUCGUCGUUAGCAUUUUCACAUCCUAUAAUAACUCCUGCACUGAAGUGGCCGACACGUCUCCAGGAAAGAGCACAUGCUCCGGCAAAAAGCAGUACUUUGGGUGGAAUGCAGGACUGCAACACAAGAACCCCACACCAGAAUAACACACAAGUGUCAUUCAUAAGCUUUGCAGACGCACUGUAACUAACAUCAAGAAGAUGGGUACUGUAGUAUAAUACCAAUCACAGUAAUGAUAAAAAUAAGAAAAUAUGAAGAAGCUGCUUAUUCUGUACCCUGAUCAAUUACAAAGGUUUAAUGUAUCUUGUCCAACACCCAGAGCUUUUGAUAGAUAUUUUGAAGACUCCCACAAUGUUUAAAGACUUUUUUAAACCACUGCUUGUUAUCAGGUGUCUAAAGCUGUUGCCUUGUUUUGGUUAAAGAAGUAGGGCUGUCUAGAAAUAUUGUUGGACAGAGAAAACCCAAAUUCAUGAUCAGCUGUCUCAGGUUAGAUAAGGACCGAGUUUCAAUGCAAUGAUGUAUUGAAAUAUUGUUAUUAUUUUUUUAACUUUCAGAGAGGUAAAAUGUUACUUUGUUAGAUUAAAUAUUCUAUAUUGUGUAUUUAAGCAGAGUAAUAGUUCAAAGAUAAGCACAUUUACAGCAGGAUAUUUCAAUUACAGAAGUAGUUUUUAAAGUGCAAUAUUUUCGUAGUAGAAAUACAGAACUGUUUGGAUUUAUUCACAGUGCUGGUUUUUAUCAGUAGAAGGGGUUGAUUAUAAAGGAGCACUAUUUUUGAUUAGCAUGAUAAUAUUUAAUUUUUUUUGUUAUAUCAUUGUAAAACUUUGCACAUGUGUGCUACCAUCGUACUGUAUAUUGCCACGUACUUGAGUAUUGAAAUAAAGAUGCCUUAGCUAUGUCUAACCAGGUCCGACAUUGCAAUUUUCCC